UCUUUGUCCUUUGUUUAAACUUUUUAUCUUUCCAAAACAAAAGAAGACAAAUAAGACAUGUUUUGAUGAGGAUAAACGCUAAAAUUAGGGUGAACAGUAAAGUAAAAAAAAAAUAUUAAUAAAUAACAGUUAAAUUCUGCGCAUUGUAAAGUCAAAGUGAAUUAAAAGAUUUCCUUAAUUAAAGCUGAGAAAUUACUUUUAUUUAACAAAAUUCAACACAAUUAAACCCUGAACAGGAAUAAUAUGUUUUACUGCAGCUGAUCAUGUUCUACAGAGCACACAGUCAGACAGAUAUAUUAUAUAUUUGUAUUUACUAACUACAUAUAUAUAUAUAUAUAUAUAUUUAACAAAUACCAAUUGAGUUCUUGAGUUGAAAAAUAUGUGUAAAUAAAUACACCAUUCUUGGGCUAAAUGUGAGGUUCCUUUUAUUUAAGAUCUAUGUCUUGUUAGCCUUGUUGGACACAUUUAGACCUGAUUUUAGACUAAAAUAAGAAAACACUUGAAGACAAACCAAUGAAGACAUUUUAAAUAUAAAUAUAGAAAAUGGAAAUAAAAAAUAUAUAUAUAUAUUAAAAUAUGUAUAUAUACAGUGUUUUUACAAAACAGAAAGACCUGGUUGAAUUAGUGAAAAUAUGCAUGAUAGUGAUCUGGGUACUCCAGCAGUUAAGUGUUCAUCAGAGAAACAGCCUGAGGGAAGAAACUGUCUCUGUGGUAGCUGGCUUUUGCUAACAGCGCUCUGUAGCGCCACCUGAAGGUAAAACUCUAAACAGUUUGUGUCCAGGAUGUGUGGGGUCUGCAGACAUUAGCUGCCCUUUAAUAGCAGUUAUAUUGUUAUACAUUAGUAAAAUCAUGCCAAACUCAGAGGGAUAUGAAGGCCAGUCAGUCAGUCAUUUUCUACCGCUUAUUCCAGAGUGGGUCACGGGGAAGCUAGUGCCUAUCUCCAGCAGUCUAUGGGCGGGGAUAUGAAGGUGAGUUUAAAUAAAUCUCGCAAUUCAUCAUUCUGCCAUUUGUGGCAGCAGAAAAUUCGAGAAAGGCUCAUCAAAACAGUGCCAACUUUAAUGUGAGUUCGUUUAUAUUUUCGAAUGAAAUCACAAAAGUUGAGGGUUCCUAAACUUAAGCUAAUAAAGAAUUAGAGUUUGUGGUGGAUAUAGUACCUUAUGACAUCUUGACUAAUAUCAAGUUGGGUCUUUUUCGCCAUAAAAACUGCUUGACUCCUCUAACAUGGACACUGAAGGUCAGCUGUGGUAUUUGGCACCAAGCUGUCAGCAGCAGAUAUUUUAAAGGACUAUUAUUUUCCAAACAUGGGUAAACGUUUUUUGAUUUAAAAAAAUUGAAGAACUAAAUCGUUUUAGGACUUUAAUCACUGAACCAAAACAAAAUAUUUAAUUUACAGAUAUUGAACUUUGAGCCUCGUUAUGAGGGCGCAAAGGUCAACACCAACUGGAACCAGUGUUUGUGUGUCAUGAGGUUAUAUUCUCCCUGUCUGUGCGGGGAAAUGGGACUGUUUUCGUCUUCUUCUGCAGAACAAAGGCAGCAGUGUGAGUGCUCAGCCCACCACUGUGUGUUUGCAGCUGCACGCAAACACACAGUGACAGUAAUGAUGGAGAAGGAUGUGGCGCCUCAGCUGAUCAGAACUAGAGAAAUGCAGCUGUGAAAGGAGCUAAAUAUCCAGAAACAUUAAAAUAUUCUGCAACAAUUCUUUAAUAUUUCGCUGGGAAAAUAUGACACUUUCUACUCAAUAGACAACUUGAGUUUUGACAUAAAAACUUAAAUACUUUGAUGAAAUAUAUUUUUUUCCUUAACAUUUACGAAUAAAAGUUUGCAGAAAAAAAGAAUAAAAUAUUCUAGGUGUGACUGUCCUAGACCAUGCAGCUAUAAAUUCACAUAAAAUCAUAUAAAAAUUCAACCUAGUAGAUAAACAGUGAGUGUUUGCAUAAUUCAUGAGUGUUUCUUUUGUUGCAUUGCUUCAUCCAUCUUUAUAUGGACUUUUAGGAAACUUCAGAGAUUAUUGACUUCAGUUUGAUGCAGUUUCAAAAAAGCUUAAUGGUGGGGCAGUAAAAAAAUCAGAUGAGUUGGAAUCUUCACCAGUGUUUCUUUGGUGCGUCUGUUUCCUCACAGGGUCUGUAUAAAAGACUCUCAGAAAGCUCUAAAACAACACUCCCUUCAUCUCUGUCUUGGUGUGGAUCUGAGUGACUCUGUUCAUCUUUUGACUCAAAGCGCCUAUUUAAAAGCUGCAGCCUCCACCUGCCUCUGUCAGUGCAGUGGAGAGGAAAAAAGAGGCAGAAAUAGAUAUAAUAGAAUUUUUUUUGCAAUUAUCCUGGUUCAAAUUAACCCAGAAUAUUCUACACAAUAUAUUAGAAGAUUAAACUGGAAAACAUUAAGCUGAAAAACAUCAUUUUACCUUUUUUUUCAAUAUAUGAAUCCCACUGUGGUUUACAAAGUAAUGGUUUUAUAUUAACUGUAUUCUGGCGACCUCUAGUGGCACUGGGGUGUAACAACAUCCAAAAAACGCAGAAGCACUAGAAGAAUAUCAGGUUCUUUGUAAACAUUUAAAAAUGAAGAAGGUAUAAUAAAACUAUAUCGAGUACUAAAAUAACUACAAUUAAUAAAUAAAUCAUAACAUUUUUAUAUGCGGUAUUUUUAAAAGAAAAUAGGUAUUAGCUAAAUAAAUGCAUUCAUACUUACUGAAAUGUAUAAAUAAUCAAAAAACAAAUAUUCUAUUUUGAAAGCCAUUUUUUCAAAUGUGAAGCAAUUACACGUUAAAGCCACAAAAUAAUUAUUUCAGCAGGUUUUAGUUCCGGUGAAAAAAUAUAAACUGUCACUGCGACCUGUCAAAUAGACCCUGAUAGCUGAUUGGUUAACCUCCACAGCAAGUCAAGCUCAAAACCAAUUAUAUUAAAAAGAGGAGUGGUAGCCAAGGUAGUUAAGGUUAGCAAAUAAAUUUAAAUUACAAUCUGUGUGUGUGUUUUUGUAAAUACAGUAAAUGUUUUUAUUAACGUAUUUAUUUCUUACUUUUAAUAAUAAUAAUUUCUGAUGAGAAUUUUAAUUAAUUAAGGACAGAUUAAAGUCCAAGUUAAUGAUUUAUUUGUUUUGUGAAUAGUUGCACAUAUAAUCUAAACAUAUCAGUUCAUUUCUUUAGCACUUACAUAUUUUUUUUUAUGUGCACAUUUAAAUAGUUACAAGUAUGUUUCAUUUUAUUAAUAAAAUAUAUAUAUUUCCCAUUUUAUUUUAACUAGAACAUCUCUAAAAUAAUUUGUCACAUUGUGGCACUCAAGGCAAUCUUUAUAUCUGUGCAUUAAAAUUGGUUAAAAUAUACUAGUUGCCUAGUACAGAUUAUUUCCUAAACUGUUAAAAUAAUAAUAAUCUAGCCUAUUACAUAGCGUUUCAUCCUUAAGCCAAUCAGCAGUGCCCCAGAUAAAAGCGCGGACCAAUCAGAGAGCGGUGCGCGCUGUUGGAGCGUUUAGGAAGCUUUACCUGUUCAAUUGUUAACCUGACUAAACCCGCUGCUUCCAGCAUCAUUAAACGAAACAGAACCGAUUCAUCUCUUCAGAGAUUAACCCUUCAAAGCUUAGAGACGACUCUGGGUCAUGGCUAGGAGCGGCUCCGAAUUCCUCCCCCUCCGGAACGCCAGACUGGACUCCUUUCUGAAGCGAAACACGGAGCGGGUUCUAUACGAACGGAUCCGAACCUACGAACCGUGCGUGGUGGUGUCUGACGUCAUCAACAAGGUCUAUAUGUAUGCGGUGCUGAGUGACGAGCGCGUGUACCUGACGGAGUACCCGCCGCGCGCGCUCAACACGGCCGUGAGCUUUGCGCGCGUGCGCGACAUCCAGCUGGUGAAAGACCUCCCAGAUUUCCUCAGUACGAAGGACAGAGAGCGCUGUCAGCAUAUACGUUUCACCUACAUCCCUGAAAAGCCUGCAGAGAAGGAACGUGAUUGGUUACAGAGGAAAAAGAAGGCGGGAUUUCCUCCUGUGACCCCGCCCUCACGCAGAGCCAGCCACUGUCCAAUCAAAACACAAAACUUAAAAGGAUAUCCUGCAGACAGUCGGUGGAAGAAGGAGGAGCUCCACCCACUGUUGAAGACCAUCCGCUCUGCUUCCUGCCCUGACCCGGAGACUCUGGGCCUCCUGAGGAUCCCUCAUCCUCCCUCCCAGGCUCCCUCUUCUUACUCCCCUUCUUCUUCUUCAUCAGCGUCAGAUGAAAGCCUGAAAACAGGAGAGAGCGGUCAGGUGACCAGAAGGAUUGGCUCUAUCCUGACCCGUCUGCUAAGGCGAGACCGAUUGAACAUCGGUGAGGAGAGGGAAGCUGAGCUGCAUCUUUAUGCUGUUUCUCAGACAUCCACCCUUUACCUCCACCUGCAGAGCUCGUGGAACAGCUUCAUCAUUAAGUCCACGCUACUUCUAGAUCCACUCUACAGGAGGAGAUGCACAGCUUCAUCUGACUCAAUCAGCUGGGAGCGGACGGCUCACCUGUUUGCUCAGCUGAGCUCGGAGCUCCUCCAGGACGGGAUCACCGAGGAGAACAUGUACCUGCUGCUGCAGGAGCUGAGAACUGCUGCUCACCGCAACAUCACACUCCGGAAACUAUUCUGGAGGUCCAGUAAAGUCUUCAUCUUCCUGGUUCAGACACUAGAGGAAUGUCUUCACAGCUGUCAGAGCCUCAGUGGAGUUUACACCACAGAUCAGCUUCUGCUGAGCACCCUGAUCGUCCAGACACUCGCCAUCAUGUUCAGAGAGACGGAGGUGGAAUCAGCCAGAAGCAGCCUGCUGUUCGUCAAAAAAGGGGCCCUUAUCUCCAGACUACUGCUUGCCUUAAUAUGUGAUCCUGAUGGUGAGAAGCGCAGCCGAGGAUCAGCAUCAGACUCCGAGCUUCAAGCUUUACUCUCAGAGUAUCUGGAUGCUGCCUGCUCUCUGCUGUUUGAGCUGCUGCUGUUGGGCUUCGAGACCAGCAGGUGUUUCCCUGGAGACAAUUUUGUGUCUGUGUCCUGGAUCCUCACAGUCCUUCAGCCUCAUCCCCAUCUGGUAAACGUCUCCUCAGAGGAGUCAAGGUGCUCUGCUCUUCAACUCCUCCAUCUAACCUCAGUCUGUCCUCUGCAGCUGUCUUUCAUCCAUCACCAGGCCCAACAGCUUGUGCAGGUUCUGUCGGACCAGCACGGAUCCAUCCUGAGUCCAGUGGAGUCCGUUCUGCUGUUCCAGCGCUGUCGCCUCCUGCUGGCCUGUCUGCAGUACAACAAUCACCUGGAUCAGCAUCUAAGGUUGCACUUCAGAGAAGAAUUCAGGUAUUUUGUGACUCCAUCCAGCGUUGAGGAGAGGCUGCAGCCUCAUUAUCCCAUCUGCAGACCAACUGUAAGACUCGUCCAAUGUAUCCUGACACUCAUCCAGCCCAGAUGAUUGGACACAAACCUUUCCUGUUUACGCAGUGCUCCUCCGUUCUCAAUCUGGAUGUUCACCCUGCAGAAAUACUGACAAAGAAUGUGCCUUUAGCAUCUUUAUGGCCUCCAUAUACUCUGUUAUCACACCAUAAACAGGAAUUAAGUGGAGUGUGUUGUUACUCUCAACCUAAUUGGUACAUCUUCACUGUGUAAAUACAAUAAAUGAUCAGUUUUACAUUAAACUGGAAUAAGCUCAUUUAUUCUUUAAUAUUUGUAGCCAGAGCCUCUUUUGUCUCCAAACUAAAAGAAAAAAAGCUAGAAUAAAAAUUUAUGUGAUUUAUUUCAAUGUUUUUCAUUAGUUUCAUAUUUUUAACAUACAUAUUGAACCUUUUACUGCUCCAAUAGUAGUAAAGUUUUAUCAUCCCAACAAUCACCAAACAACAAAAUGCUGGAUCUAGUUUCUGGUGGUUUGUGGUGGUUACUGUGGUUUACGGCCAUUUCACUGGUUUUUUGGCAUCCACACUAAAAUAAAUCAGCUCCAUUUUGAAAUCACCUGAACUUGUGACGUCCCUCACUACAGAUUCUUUAAAGUCCAUUUUAAUUCAUAAAAAUUCAGAAGCAUGGUUUUAGUGUUUGGCAUUUUAACCCGAGCCUUUGUUUAAAUGACUGCAUUCAGGCAGUAAGAAAAUGAACAAAAUGCUGAACUUGUUAAAACCAUGGUGUGGUCAUAGACACACAAGUCAGUUCAAUUUAAAUCAAUGUCAUUAUGCAUUAUGAGGUAAUUUUCCUUUAGAAAAUGUAGAAGAAAAAUCUAACAGUUUUCCAUAUUUUGUUUAAUUUUCCCAUAGUUAGGCAGAAACAAGGAAAUACCAGACUUGUUUUUUCUUGUCUUUCUGAUCAUCCAUUGCUUCUUUUUCAGAUUUCAUCUUUUAAAGGUGAUCACCGGAGAAAUAUUUGUUUUAAACUAUUUUGGUAAAAGCUUUAAAGCAGGAAAUUUGUCAAGAAAAAAAAUAAUAAAAAAUUCAGAAAAUGUUACAUUAAAAUAAUUCCUGCUGAAUCUCAAUAAAGUAAAUUAUUUAAAAAAAGAAUAAUUUGCAGUAAUUCAGUAAAGAAAAACUCCAAUAUGUUCAUCAUACACCAGUAUACAUAUUUUAAGAGUUUAUAUAAAAUUCAAUUGCUUAUGAAAAUUUUUUAUUUAUUAUCAUUUAAAUACAAAAAUAUUAUUUUAAUUUCUACAUUAUCACAAGAUGUCCAGCCAGGGACUCCAUAAAAGGUCAAAGGUAAAUAAGGAGGCUGCACCCAAGCAUUUUAGUGGAAAGUUUAGUGGAAGGAAAUAUCUUUAUUAAACAAUAUUCUAAUGAUAUUGGAUGUAAGCUAUAAUCACAGAUAUAAACACUUAAAAUACACCCUGCUGUGUGUGAUGAACCUUUUUCAAGUGAACUGCUAAAAUAAAUUAACUUUUUAAGGAUAUUUUAAUAUAUUCUGGAUUCUUGAUGGACUUUCUGUCUCUUCAUUCAAGUUCAAAGUUUAGUUUAUUGUGAGCAAACUGACAUCAUGAUUUGACUUCUAUUAAUGUACUGAAAUAAAAUAAUAAAACAGAAGUCUGGAAAUGUAUGGCGUUUGAGUAGUUUAAGAGAAUAAAUAG